AUGGCGUGCUCGGAGGUGCGAUGCAAUGGGAUCCCCGACACAAUUGAUGCUAAUCCAGACGUGGGCGGUUAUGGUAUUAUCAUCUCCUUUCUCUUAACUGCCUGGUGGACCUUGGUCGUCGUUCUUGUAACGUUCAAUUUCAGCGACUCGUUCCCCAGCGAAAAGAAAAACGACCUUGACCAUGACAUGGUUUACUGUGCAAGAAAACUCGAGAAGUAUGCCGGACACCCACUGCGGUUCCUCGAGGGCCAAAUAUCCAGAGAAACUGUCCAGAAGAUCACCUUGACCCUGAGUGACCAACAGCUCAUCACGGGUACUUCUAUCUUCAUUGCGAUAUUCGCCCAUAUGUGCGACAUCACGCAGUACCACUUCAAAAUUGCCUACUAUCUGGGUGCUGCCAGCUUCCUCACACACCAGGCUACAGUCAUGAUUGUCAGUGACUUGCUUAAGGACUUCCCCCUAAGGAGAGCAUGGCGGAUGCUCUGGGUCAUGGCUAUCUUUGCGUUUGUCUUUCUUAAUAACUUGGUUGUUUAUAGCCCAGACUUUCGCGACGACUCAGGACUCUCAGUGCUGUGUGUCUUUCCCCCCAAACUCAGCGUCAUCUACUAUCCUGGAGACAAGGUCCUGCUUAUACUUACCUCGAUUUUCUGGGCUUGGGGUCUCUCAGCCGUGGUGCGAGACCUAUUCCCGGAGCUUCUGUCCUGUCUGCGCAAGCUAUUUCGUCCAUUGACGCCGAUGCUGGAGAAGGCGUUCGGUAUUAUCUCCGGUCAAGGCAUAUACCUCUGGGCUCAGGAAAGAGAAAAAGCAGCCGACCCACAAAGCGCAUCCAAAUACAUGUGGCGACUCCUGAGGGCAAUCUUGUUCCCUCCCAUCGUCCUCUCCUUCAGCUUCACGCAGCUUGUCUCUUCUACAGUUAUAGACUUAUUCAGAAUCCUCACAUCUCUGGUAGCAACCACGUUGGGCACCUCGCGUGGCAAAGAAUCCGACGCCACGGUCGAUGGAGACAACGUUUGGAAUUUCGGGCAGAUAAUGUCGAUAUUCCUUCUUGCUUUGCCGCUUUUUCAAGCGCUUGAGCUUCUCUACGAGGGCUGGCACGCCAGGCCAAGGAAGGGUCAAGACAUAGGCCUGGAUGUUAAUGAUUCAACCGCGGACCUAAACCAGCCUACUAUAUCGGAUAGAGAUGUUUUUCAAUUUUCUCGAGUCGUCACCCACGAAACAUUCCGAGAAAACCCAGCGAGCACUGCAAGUAGUAUUGUCGGCUUAAAAGAACGGCUCUAUGGUAGUCUUGCUUUCCGGGUUUGGAUGAGGUGCCUUGUCCUGGGGAUAACCGGGGUAACGUGUCUGGUGUGUACUGGCUGGUUUGGGAAACAGGUUGUAUUAUGA